CAUAUUUUGUCUGUUCCAUCCACUCUGACCGUGAGAAGCAUUCAAAGCGUGAGGAUGAGCAAUUGUGGCAGCCAAAUUCUCGCCACGACGCGCUACGAGUCGAGCACGCCAUACUCUCACGGGAUUUUCUCAUGCUGAGCAACGCGAGAUCUCCAGCCAACCAAAAAGGUUUCUAACCAUGCUUCCGAGAUAAGUGCAGUCUCCUAGAUUGAUUUACAUUUUUCCAGGGAGAUCAGUGGACUUUGACAACACAGCAUUAUGACUAUAGCUUGCGCGAUUUUGACGAAUGACGGCCACCGCUCAAUCAGUGAGAUGCUAUAAAGCAAUGUCGCGUUCUUGCCUCUAUUUUUUCGCUGUUUUGCAAUCUUGACCAGGCGCACCAUGGGACUCUCAGUAAUCGCUCUUUCGCUCGCAGCGUUGCCUUUUGUAGCAGCUGGAGGUCCGUUUUUGCAACAGACAAGCAACAACACUUGGAUUAUCGGCAAUGACCUCUGGAAUAUCACUCAAGGAUCCAUCUAUGGUAUCAAGCUAUACUAUCAAGGCAAAGAUGCUAUUGGCAAAGCUGCUGGACAUUAUGUUGGGGCCGAUGGAGAAAAUAACCUUGUCUGGGAGUCAGCAAGUAUUGUCAAUGAAGGCAACGACUUUAUUGACGUGAGCUUUGUCUCUGAAAAAGGCGAUCUCCACUGGGUGAUCUACGAUGAUCUUGCUGGCUCGUAUCAGUAUUUCGUCAACCGUGCUCUGGGCGACAUCAGCAUCCUGCGUUCACUUUUCCGCCUUGACCCUGAUAGGUUCCCUAACGGACGCACUUACCUCAAGGAUGAGCCUCUGCCUUCUUUCCAAUCCAUUCUUGAUGGAACUAAGGUUCAAGAUGAGACGUUCGAGACGUCGGAUGGAACAUACAUCACGAAGUAUGAUUGGUCUAACUACGUGAGGGACCGCGACUUCAACGGCGUUUAUGGUCCAUCUACUGGAUCUUGGUAUAUCCACCCCAGCACAGACUAUUUCAGCGGCAAUCACCUUAAGCAGACCCUGACUGUUCAUCGCGAAAGUAGCACUGGAGAUGCCGUACAACUCAAUGUAGUACAAGACACUUCACACUUCCAGACCCAGGUCACGACCACUCAACCCAGUGGUAAGAUUUGGGGACCAUGGCUAUGGUAUCUGAAUGAUGGCUCUAUCACCGAUGCGAAACAGAAGUUCCAAGAGGAGCUAGCAAAGUGGCCCUAUUCAUGGGUCAAUGAUACAGCUUACCAUUCUCGCGGCGCCGUCUCAGGAACUCUCAAGCUCUCCGAUGGACGUGUUGCUGCUGGUGCCGCUGUUUUCCUUGGCGACUCUGACAUACAAGCUCCAUUGGCUCAAGGUGUGAACUACUACUACACUUCGUACGCAGAUGCAUCUGGAAGGUUCAGCUUCUCGAAUGUUCGUACAGGUCAGUAUGGCUUAUAUGCUUGGUCCAAUGGUGGCAAAAUUGGCGACGUCUACACCAAUUAUACAAAAUCUGGCAUCAACGUAAAGGGUAACACAAAGUUGUCAACACUGACCUGGUCUGUCCCAAGCAAUGAGCGUGUUUUCCAAAUCGGAGACUUUGACAAGAAGACCACUGGCUUCAUUGAAAGUGGACCGUAUCACCACGGUCUUGCUGCUCAGUCACCCGCCAACUUUACUUACACUGUCGGCAAAUCAAACACUUCUGACUGGUACUAUGCAUCGUCCAACCUCGGCACCUGGAACGUAGAAUUUGACGUCGCGACGCUCGAAAAGUCGUCCGCACGCCUAAUUGUUUCUCUGGCUGGUUACUCUCAGAGCACUGCUUUGACAAUCUCAUCGAACGGAGCUGUCUUGGGAAGCUUAAGCAAGGACAAUGUCACGACUGAUGCCGCAACUUACAGAUCAGGUACUGUAAGCGGAGAAUGGCAUCAAUUCGUGUACCCAGUCAGCAACUUGAAGCAAGGGAAGAACGUCAUCAGCUUCACCGUCAAUAGAUAUGUUCUAUGGAGAGGCUUCUUGUGGGAUGCCAUCGCUCUUGAGUGGGCUUGAUGGGAAUUCUGAAGGACAAGCUUUGGGUGUUUAUCCGAGCGUCCGAUAAAUAUCAUGCUCCGUCUAUGUGUGAAAGCCAUCGGUUGACAAGCCAUUCAGUCUCAAGAGUACUUCGUAAUUUGACAACCAGCUUUACACUAUACGAUGGAUCAUGUAGUUUUAUGUCUUCAUACUGUAACUUGCGUAUGCUUGUGUAGCAAUGUUAUCAGUGGGUCAUACCGACGCUUUGGGCAGCUCACAUAAAUUGCGGCACAGCAUGCAUGUACGCGCCGCACAAAACAUUCUUUCUAAAAAUCGCAGAAGACAACUUGUGUUUUGCC